UUCUACACGAUCGUGACUCAUAACGGGAAAUUUUAACGAGCAAUUCUCUGAUUACGGAGAAUUUCGUUUCUAGAAUUUCAUAAAUUCUGUAACGAGAGGCACGAGAGGUAUUUCGCAAAAAAGAAACGACCUUCGAACGAUUCGAGGUAUCGAAAGGAGGAGAGACUCAUCUCGUUAGUGUCCGCUCUACCGUCCGACAAGAUGCAUUUGUUCUUAAGCGACGUGUCGUUUCUUCUUUACUACGCCGGCACUGCUCUUCCAGAUGUGAAGCUGGCGGAAAUAGUUCUCGCGUGAACGAGUUGACAAUCUUAGUGUCGUCUCAGGUUUCCAGAUACCACGCAACGGGGUAACAGGGAAUUGCAUAAGGGUACGGUGGACGAACGCGAGGGAUUGCGCAAUACGUGUAUUUGUUCGAGGCAAAUAGAAGAGACUUUCCAAGUUUCUUUGGACGUAAGCAGGGCUCAAGCGGGUUGGCCAAUCGACAGGUACCAUUAAAACCGAAUCUUUCGAUACGGUACGAAUACGAAUCGCCUCGUUAGUCGCAUUUUUCUCGCAUUUUCCUGGCGAACAAUCGCUUACGUGAUGGGAAUCACGCGGAUAAGUUCGAGAGUUUCGCGUGUCGAAUAGUCAUUUCACGAUUUCCUCCGACUCCUUUUCACGAAUUCUGCUCGGUGGCUCGCGACGAACUGCAUGUCGAAUCUAUCCCGAAACUUUACUGGAAAAGUUGCUGCGAACGUUUUGUCUCGAAAAUGAUGCCCGCAUCGUCGAUCGAGUUACUGGUCGUCGGCCUGUCGCUACUGCAUUUCGUCGAUCCUCUUCACAGCAGUAACGUUCAGCCGGACAUGCGUAAUGUUCGCGAAGCAUACGACUCCUCGAGCAUAGACAAGCAUUUGCCAUGCGCGAGCGAAGAGAAGGGGAAGGCUGUUGACGGUUUGGAUUCGUUGAGUUAUCCCGAAAGAAUAUCGAAAGAAACGAUAUUUCUGCCAAUACCCGCUGUAGCGAUGGAAUAUCCUAGUUAUCGAAAUUAUGGGUUGAACGAUCGUUCGAAGAAGGAAGAUGAAAUAAAUUCCAAAGAGAAAGACAAAGGCAGUAGCUCGAUCGAAGAAGAAAUUAUAGAAAAAAUGAAAAUUCUCGAUAAAUUUUUAUCCGAAGAUUCGAAUGCAAAGGAUCUUGAUAUAAAUGGAAUCGAGGAUAAUAUUAUCCCUGAAGAGUCGAAGAGAAUCGUCAGAGAGGUGAAGAAGCAAAAGCCAGGAUUCUUUUGGACUCUGGCAAAACUCACAUUUGAGAUGAUCAACGACACGAAAUCAGCGAUCAAGCAGAUCAGUGACAUUAUCAACAACAGUAUAGCGCCAGAUUCGGCCACUCAGAAUACGAUGACGAAGGCGUCUUUGAUGGCUCCACAAUCGACGAACAACGAAACGAGCGCGACCAAUCUGAACGCGACAGAAACGACGACAGAGGCGCCUACGACCACCACGCAACCCACCUUAACCAGAGAAGGAUUACAGAAAUUAAUCAGGAGAAACGUGUUGGGCCUCGUUAGACUUUUCAACAUUGAGUGGAAUGACGCUCUGAACCAAUCAGAAACGAACGUGAAAGAGUUCCAGAAGAAUCUAGGAAACCAGUUGAGCUUUUACCUUCGUGAUAAUCCAGAGGCGUACAAGAAUUUUUAGAAAAUUCUUCUUCCACAACGAUCCUUAGUAUCCAUUCUCGUAGCACGUAGCAAAGACUGAAACGUAUUAUUUUAAAAAAAUUAUUAUUAUUAUUUAUAAAAUUGCGGUUCUUGAAUCCACAAAAACGUGUAAUUAUUUUAUUUAUCAUUCGAAUUAAAUAAGAGUUGAAGGUGAA